AUGGCUGCCACUGCAGCACCAACCCGGAAAACCCAACAGGCCUGCCACAGCAGCCCCAGUAACCGAGCCCACAAUGUAGUUGGUGAGAAAGUAGAGACUCCUGACAGUGAGGUGGUGCAGGAGAUCAGCUACCUGGACCAGGUAUUAGAUGCUGCCUCAGAAACACCCACCAAUGGAAACUCCUCCCUGUUAGAACACACUAAACCAAUCAGCAUCAGCAACACCUCUCAUUCUGUCUGUGCAUCAGCCUCCUCUCCUGUCAGUCACCAGUCAAUCACUGUGGAGGGGCAGAAACAGACCACAUUCCUCCACCAGGAGCACUCUGCCCUGAGAGCCAACGGGCACGUGCAGGGGGAGGGCAACCAGCCGAAGUUUGAGCUGAGAGCAUUUCAGGAGGAGAGGCGGCCAGCAAAACUCUUCUCCCCUGGAGAGGAGCAGCAGAUCAGGGUGACUAGGAGACGACCCUCAGAGGAGGUUCAGGAGCUGGAGCGGGAGCGCCAGGAGCUGAUCAAAGACCAGGCUGUGAAGAAAAAUCCUGGGAUCGCCCAGCGCUGGUGGAACCCACCUCAGGAGGUUCCUUUGGAAGAACAGCUGGAUGCAGAGCAGCUUGAGUCUCUCAGGAAAUACCAGGAGAGGAAACAGCAGCGACAGAAUUAUCCUUACACAUACACACAGCCCCAGGUGUCAGGUCCUCCCACACUGGUGACCUUUGGACCAGAGCUAACCAGGAAGGACGACAUAGUGGAGGAGCAGAUCGACUUCUCGUCUGCCAGGAAGCAGUUUCUGCAAGGGGAAACAACCAAGAAGGACGUACUUCCUCAGAUAUAUUCUGCAAAACCCUUCUCGAAGUCCAUAACCAGGGGCAGCCACAUAAGCACUGACAGUGUUGCCGAAACCGGAGAGAGUCGUGUGACCUGGUCUGAUGAAGGAAUUGUGGGAGAAUUCACUUGUGCACAUGCUGUAAUGACAAUCCUGCCUGAGGAGGAAGAAGUGAAGGGUCAUUUACACUCAGCUUUUCACCCAGAAGAAUCUGACUCAGGAUUGGACGAGUUAUCUGUCCGCUCUCAGGACACUACUGUGUUUAGCUUGGAUAAUGUUUCCGACAGCGGGGCUUCGCUACCCCCUACCCCGUUGCCACUUACCCCAGUGUCACCACCUACCCCUCAACCCACCACACCAGUCAAUGGGCAGACCAAUGUCAGUCCAACAGAGGAAGAGCUGGAGUAUCAUGCUGGGGUACUUGUCCAAAAUGCAAUCCAACAUGCCCUGGCAGCUCAGGACACAGGGGGCUGGCAGCCCUCUGACUUGAGUUCUACACAGCUGAGCACCCCUGUGUCUCCAUCCUCAGCUUCUGCAAGUAGCCCAGUGCCAGUUUCUUCCUCCCCUGUGUCUUCUGGUGAAGCUCCCAGUUUCCAGUCACCUCUGGCCUCCAGUCCUGCUCCAUCCAACUCAUCCCCUCAGCCAGACAGGCGGCCAGAUGUAAGAGUCAUUUCUGAAGAGAAGCCCUCAGAAUCACAACAGGCACAGCAGCAGCAGUCCUCCAGUCCGGCACAGCAACCACAGCUCCAAACACCUUCUCCGCCUCCUUCUAAGCCCACCUUUCCGCCACAGCGACCCAAAGAUGGAGGCCCCAGGAUCAAAAUCCAGUCUUCCUAUGCCAGAGCACUUGCUUCCUCAGCCCCAGCUCCAGCAGCUGCUACUACUCAAGCAGUUCCAGUUACCAGACCAACCCCAGUUUACCGCCCCCCUUCUCCACCAAGCCCGGACAAAACAGAGUUCAGCUACUUCAGCAAAUACUCGGAGGCAGCUGAACUGCGCAGCACAGCAGCAACAAUGCACGGCCCUGAAGCGGAAGCGGCCAGUGGCCCAUUCCGCCUGCGCUCCAAGAAACAGCGAACAUUGUCCAUGAUUGAAGAGGAGAUCAGAGCAGCUCAGCAGAGAGAGGAGGAGCUGAAGAAACAGAGGGAGGUGAAAGCUGUUGUUACUGUCCACCCCAGCAGCAGUCAUGGUCCUGUGAGGACGGGGGUGCGGCAUACCACCAUUACCCCAGCUGAUAAGAUGAAGAGCAAUAGCCUGCCAGCAAGACUCACACUGACAGCGAGGACAGCACCAGGAAAGAUUGAGAAAGUUCGACCUGCACCGCCUGUCUCGCCCUCACCCUCAGAGGGCACCCUGUCUGAUGCCGGCAGCGAGGACUCUGUAGGAUCACGACCCAAAAACUUCAUGGAGACGCUUAUGGAAGACUAUGAAACACACAAGGUGAAGAGGAGGGAGAAAAUGGAGGACAACAGUUACACCCAUUUGUUGCUGGCCAGCGAGGUUCUGGAGGCCACUCGUGUUACUAGGAGGAAAAGCGACAUGGCGUUGAAGUGGGAAGCCGGCAUCUACGCCAACGAGGAUGGAGAGGAAGAAGAAGAGGAGGAAGAGGAGGAGGAGGAGUAAUCAGCUCCUUUCAGAGACAGUUAAGGGACUGAGUGGAGAAGAAUAACAAAACGGAAUGAAAAAUGCAAAGAGAAGGAGCAGAGGAGAAGACGAAAUAGGAAACAGUAUUUAUUUUGCUAAUAGUGUUGUGGUGAUCACAUGACCCAUUGGCUUGACCAAUGGGACUCAUCGACGGCGGAACAGAGUGUUAAGAGUAUGUUAAAGACAUUUGAAGUAUUGAGGUGAGUUUGGAGAAAGAAAAGGUCAGCGAUACUAGAGACUUUGAAAAGGAUUUAUGGUGGGUCAGCGGCAUUCAGAAGAUUAUUUGAGAUAAAAGGAUUUUGCUAGGUGGUUGAUGUCGAAUGAAUUAAAUAUUCAUAGGAUUUUUCACUUAUCUGCGAUUGUAUUGUUGAAAGCUUUUAUUUCAAAAGGCUGCUCGUGGUUCACUGAUGAUGGUUUUGGUGAUGUGUGUUUGAUAAUAACCCCAGUCAUCUUCAAAAUGUGUGGAAAGGUUUUGAUUAGAGAUGUGUGUAAAAGAGAAGAGGCCUAAUCACACACUCACUUCUACAAUUUCAGUUAAUGUUAGCUGGACUUCACAAUGCCACAGGCAGUUUUUUUAUAGGAUGUUAAGCAAAUGAUACCUAAUGCAUCAUUUUCAGAACUUGUAUUCUGCGUUAUGCAGUGCCACAAUACUCCACAGCACAGAUAUAACACACAUACGGCAUAUUGUUAGGAGCCUUCACAUUGCUUUCAAGCAUCUGUAGGAAAUCUUAAGUGCCGAUUUGAGGGUCAUGGUGCUUGGAUGUUUAAAUCCUAGUGAGCAAAACUAGCAUGAAAAUGCAACUUUGCCUGCCAGUAAUUUUUGAAUGCACAAUACUUAUGAUGUAGUUCAUCCUCUCCAAUCCUGUAUCACUACAGUUUCAGAAACUAAGCACCUGUAUUAGAUAGAAAAUCUGUCUGUAAUCACUACUCUUCAGUGACUUCACAUCAAUGAAGUGCAAACAGCAGGAGACAAAUGGAGAAGGGGGAAGUUAACAGCAGCUCAUGUUUGCAUCAUUUCAGACAAUGUGUAUUAAUUAAAGGGCUGGGGUUAUAAAAAACAAAAGCACUCAUUUUACCUUUGCUGGCUAUGUUGCUUUAUGGACCUGUGCUUUCUGAUGUAAGCAGUUGUUUCAUGUAUUAUACUGAGGUAGGAUUGUGUAUUUGAUAUAUGAACGUGUAUGUUGAGAUUCCAGCUGGGCAACCGUCAGCUAUGUACUAUCGCUCGCUAGCUGAGGAUAAUGUUUGAUGAGAAAAAAAACUUUUUUUAUACAAACUUGUUUUACCAAAACAGAAUGUUGUUAUUUAGUCAGUCAAGCCUCUCAAGUCUAUUUAAGAAGCAUUGAUUAUGUGCAUGGAACUAUGCAGAAACAAGCACACAACCAGCAGCAAAAAGAAGGCAGUUGGAAAUCAGAAUUUUGUUUGUCUUCACUAACAUACUAUAAGUUGGAGUUGUCUGCUUUUUUUUCUGAAUAUAUUGUGGGAUUUGAUUUUUGCAGGACAAUGAGAUUUUCUAUUUUGUUAAAUCUGCAAACAAGUAAUGCAGUACAGGCUUGUAUGAGUAUGAUGACACCGUGGACGGUCCAGUUGUGAAAAACAGCUUCAGAAUACAAACAGUAAACACAUAACAAACACAGUGUGAUGAUGCCCUGGAGCCUAAAGGACUGUCUGUGAGUAUUAAAAGUAGAAAUGUGUCAACAUGGCUGUAGAUACAGUCUUUUGAACCACUGCAGCUGAACAGGAGCAAAACAAUUAUGCUUUUCAGCUUUUGUUUUA